AUGAAUUUCACUUCCACACCUGAUACUCCCAAUAUUGAGCGAUUUCUCUUCAUCAUCUUCACGGGGCUGGUAGAAACAGCAGAAAUCACCAUGGGCCGAGCCGCUGGUGUAAUAAUUGCGACUUAUCCCAUCGGUGAAGGAAUAGCGGACGCACUAGGAGCCGCAGUGGGACCUUUUUUUGUUCUUCUGGAUAUGGUGGAGGGCCAAUGGGCGAGCGCAGCUUUGUGCGCCGUAGGACUCGCGCUCGGUGUGGUGCCAGAAUUAGGUUUGCUCAUCUUUGAGCGCCUCCAUUAUUUUCAAGUCACAAAGGUUCAGUAUGCAAGCGACGAGUCGGUCGUGGGUAGCAGACCUUACUUUGGUAUAUAA